GGAGACGGCCGCGGGGAAGUAUGGGAGGCGGCCAUGACGGCUCGGGAGGCGGGAGGAGCUCAGGCGCGCAAGCGAAACGUUCGGUUCUCACGGGGACGGCUCCCUAGCGUCCCGUAACCUCCCUGCCCUCUCACGUGUCACCCAUGGCCCCACAUAAAAGCCUCCCAGGGGCAACAGUUGUGGGGAGUAGGGGGAAGAGCGCUGCACGUCACAUCCGGCCACUUCCGGUGCCUUGAUCUCGCGCGAGCCGCGUUCCGCCGGGACUUCCGGCUGUGCGCCCCAUCCUCGAGCUUUCUGCACAGCUGGGCUCCUGGGCGCGCGAGGAAGAGCAGGCAGUUCCUUAAACCACCACUAUGGGUAUUCGUGGACUGAUGAGUUAUGUGGAAGAUCACAGUAGUCAAUUCUUCAUUGAUUUGAAGUUGAGGGACACCAAAAUCAUCAUUGAUGGCUAUGCCCUUUUCCAUCGAUUGUGUUUUGAUUCAAAUGUGGAUCUCCGGCAUGGAGGAGACUAUGAUUCUUUUACCGAUGUUACACAGAGAUUCUUUGAAUCGCUCUUUGCUUGUAAAAUUCAUCCAUAUGUUGUAUUAGAUGGAGGCUGUGAUGUUUCAGAUAAAAAACUCCUUACUUUAAAAGACAGAGCCCAGGAGAAGAUCCAGGUGGCCUAUUCCCUUUCUGUUGGGGGGAGAGGAAAUCUUCUACCUUUACUUAUCCGAGAGGUAUUCAUUCAAGUCUUGAACAAGCUUCAUGUAGACUUUGUCCAGUGCUUCUCAGAAGCCGACAGAGACAUUAUGACACUUGCUAACCACUGGAAUUGUCCUGUACUAACAAUGGAUAGUGAUUUUUGCAUUUUCGACCUGAAAGCUGGCUUUUGUCCUCUGAAUGGAUUUCAAUGGAAAAACCCGACUGCGAUUAAAGAUACAUUUCACUGCUACAUCCCUGCCAGAUGCUUCUCCGUAGAUAAGUUCUGCAGUCAUUUCAACAACAUGAAUAAAGCCCUGCUGCCUCUCUUUGCUGUGCUGUGUGGUAAUGACUACAUCAAUUUGCCUGCCCUGGAUACAGUCUUCAGUAGAAUGAGUUUCACCCCCGGAACCUCCAGCACCAAAGGGAGAAAGCACCAGAGGAUUCUGGGACUCCUGAAUUGGCUGUCCCAUUUUGAUAACCCCCCAGAAGCCUUAGAUAAUGUUGUGAAGCACCUGAGAAUGCAUGACAGACAAGCAGUUAGAGAACUCCUUUGGGCUUCAAUGGAGGAAUACCAGCCGUCUCCAGUGAAGCUGCAGGAUUUCUUCCAGCUUGGUGCUUAUGUAUCUCCCUGCGCCACUAACCUGGGCUUACCAGAAUGGAUACAGCUGGCUUUGGCAAAAGGGCAACUUUCUCCUUUUGUUUGUGACACUUUGUCAUUACAGCGAACUAUUCUUCACACACAGGUGGAGAACAUGAGGUGUCCAAGUGCCCAUGUUGUCUCUGUGUCCAUUCGGAAAGUCAUCUAUGGGCUUCUUCAGAAUUCUUCUCCAAAUGUGAAUAAUGUGUCCCAAAGCACAGUGGCUAAACAACCAUUGGCUUUCAGUGAGGUAGAGAGGAUUGAUAAGAACAUUGCAACAAGAGUUACUCAUGCAGCAAAGCUCCCAGAGGAAUAUCGGGAGUUAGGCAGAUUGACCGAGCUUUCUCUCUCUAAGCGCAAGAUUCUUCUGCUAGAAACCCUGAGAGUGAAAGAGGGCAUCUUGGAGCCAAUCCCCGCUUCCCUGAAGCUCCCUAUGGCUGUCACUUGCUUUUGGUUGCAGUCCUUAGAAGCCAAGCCAAGAUUGUAUCAUGUGCAAGCUUUACUGAUGGGAAUGCUGUCUGGGCAGUUGCACAAGAUAACCAGUGAGCCUGAUAAUGAGGAAUUGUAUGUGGAUGGAGCUAAGCUGCUCUGUGACCAGUUUCUUAAAGUGAAAGAAAAUAAACUACAGAGAAGAUUGGAUUUGGAUACAGCCCACGUUUUCUGUCAGUGGCAAUGCUGCCUCCAGAUGGGAUUCUAUCUGAAUCAGCUUCUGUUGACACCUUUACCUGAGCCUGACCUCACAUGGCUCUACAGUGGGACUCUUAUCCAUGGACUCUCUCAAGAACUCUCCGCUUCAUCCUCAACAGAAAGUCUCCUGAGCGUGUGCCCUGUAGCAAGGCAGCUUUAUGACCAGCUCUUCCAUGCACUGAAAUCCACUGUCCCUUCAGAAUGCUUUUCCCAGAGGGAGCAGUCAAAAGCCAGAAAGAAGAAACAGAAGAAAAAUCGUGCCAGCCCGACAAAGCACCGAGCAGGCAUCUCCCUGGAAACCAAGUCCUUACAUGAUCAUGUCAGCAACAGGUUUGGGCUCCUCAGAGUAGAGGACUCAGAGGACCAAGGUCAGGGGUGAGGAGUAAAUCCAGAAGUGUUUUCAGUCUCAUGGAUUGUGACUUUCCAAGUCAUUUCCUUCCAGAGAGCAAGCUGGAAAGGUUUAUUCUCUAAAUCAGCCAUGCUGCAGGGAUUUCACCACACCCAUCACUUGGUAGUACUCAGUACAGUUGGAACCUGGGGAAGAUGUCAGUACAAAAUAAUAAUUGCUGGAAACCUCUCUCAUGGUCCACAGUAGUUGGCUAAUACUUAAAAUAGAUUAUCGAACUGCAGCAGCUCUGGCUGUGUGUGGAUGUGGUGUGUAUAUAUGUAGGUACGUAUAUGUAUAGAUGGACACAGAUGCACAUAUGUAUGUGGAAGUGUGUGUGUAUACACGUAUGUAUAUACAGAGAGAAAAUUUUUAAGGUUUUAUAUUGUAUACGUCCCUGUAAAAUGUAUUUUACCCCUGGAGAUGCUACAGCAUAGCCCUGGAACUGCCACAGGUUUAACUAUUACGGGGAACCAGGUAAUUGCCAUUUUUAAAAUUAUUUAUUUUUAUACUACUUUUUAUAUGUUUUCAUAUGCCAUUUACACUGAAAUAAAAUUGCAUAGCAUAAAACCA